AUGACGGCUGACAUCAGGGUCGCCAUCGACCGCGGCGGCACCUUCUGCGACGUCAUCGCAGACAUUGACGGCCGCGAUCCCAUCAUCUUCAAACUUCUCUCUGAAGACCCCGCAAACUACCCAGAUGCACCAACAGAAGCGAUCCGCCGCAUCCUCUCAACCGUCGAGAACAAGACCAUCCCCGUCGCAUCCUGCCGUAUCGGCACAACAGUAGCCACAAAUGCUCUCCUGGAGCAUAAGGGCGAGUGCUUCGCCUUCCUCACCACAAAAGGCUUCAAAGAUGUCUGCGUGAUCGGCGACCAGUCCCGCCCAAAGCUCUUCGACCUCAACAUCCGCAAACCCAAAGCCCUCCAUGAGACCGUUGUCGAGGUCGACGAGCGCAUCGUCCCCGCAGACUACGAUCUCAACCCGGAGCACUUCUCCAAAGACGCAUUGGCAUCACAAGAUGGCGUCAUCCGCACGCCAAGCGGCGAGUUCGUCCGCGUCCUUCGUGCCCCCGACCUCGACGCUGUUCGCCCUCAACUCCUCGCCCUCCGCGAGCAGGGCUACACCAACCUCGCAAUCUGCUUCAUGCACGCCUACCUCUACCCGGCCCACGAAGAUGUCGUCGCAGACCUCGCCCGCUCCCUCGGCUUCGCCUUCGUGACGACCUCCGCCCAAACUUCUCCGACCAUCAAGUUCCUCAACCGCAGCACCUCCACCUGCUCCGAAGCCUAUCUCUACCCCGUCAUUCAGCGCUACGUCUCCUCCUUCACCUCGGGCUUUCGCAUCCCCCCGCAGCGCGUUGACUUCAUGUGCUCCGACGGCGGCCUCAAAGCAGCCACCCGAUUCCGCGGAAAUGAGGCCCUCCUCUCCGGCCCCGCAGGCGGCGUCGUCGGCAUCGCCCGCUCUUGCUACGACCCGGCCGACGGCACCCCCGUCAUCGGCUUCGACAUGGGCGGCACCAGCACCGACGUCUCCCGCUACGACGGCCGUUACGACUACCUCACCGAGACCUCCAUCGCCGGCCGCACAAUCACUGUACCCAUGCUCAACAUCGCCACGGUAGCGGCAGGCGGCGGUUCCAUCCUGUUCGCCCGCAACGGCCUCCUCGCCGUCGGUCCCGAAUCUGCCGGCGCACAUCCCGGCCCCGCUUGUUACCGCAAGAACGGGCCGCUGACCGUCACCGACGCGAACCUCUUCCUCGGCCGCCUCGUGCUCUCCUCCUUCCCGUCCAUCUUCGACGCCAACGCCGACGAGCCCCUGGAUGCUGCCGUGGUGGCGGAGAAGUUUGCCAGUAUCACUGCCGACUUCAACGCGCAGACGAACCAGUCCCUGACGCCGCACGACGUCGCCCUCGGCUUCCUCAAUGUCGCAAACGAGACUAUGUCCCGCCCGAUUCGCAACGCGACUGAGGCCCGCGGCUUCGCGCCUGAGAACCAUCACCUCGUCUCGUUCGGUGGCGCUGGCGGUCAGCACGCGUGUGACAUUGCCGACCGCCUUGGCAUCCGCCGCAUCCUCAUCCACAAGUUCUCAUCCCUGUUGUCCGCCUACGGUAUCGCGCAGGCGGAGCUGCAGCACGAGGCACUUGAGCCGUAUGGCAGCAAGCUCGAUGCCUCUGCGGAAGCCCAUGUCGCAGACCGUCUGGCGGUGCUCAAAGCUAAGGUGUCGGACGAGCUCAUAACCCAGGGUGCCGACGCAAAUUCAUUGGUUUUUGACGAGAGCCUGGUCCUUCGCUACUUCGGCACCGACACGAACCUCGCCAUCUCCAAGCCCGAGGAUGGCGACUACGCUGCCAAGUUUGAGGCAACGCACCUCCGCGAGUUCGCUUUCUCAAUGAAACGCGACAUUGUGAUCGAGUCGGUCAAGGUUCGCGGAACAGGUAGCGCCGGCUCCCAGGCUCCAGAGUCUUCUGCCCUAAAGGAGCUUUCUUCCACAAAACCGCUGUCGCCCCCUGAGCCACAAGAGACGCAACAGGUGUACGUCGACGGUGCCUGGCAUGCCACCAACAUCUACCACCUCCCUCAGAUCCCCAAGUCCACCGCCAUCCCUGGGCCGGCCCUCAUCAUCGACCAGACCCAGACCAUUUUCGUGUCUCCAACCUUUACCGCGCACAUCCUCACCUCCCACGUCCUACUCCAGAAACAAACCCUCACCAACUCUCUCCCCUCAUCCCUCCAAGAUCCCUCCUCAUCCUCCUCCACAGUCGACCCAAUCCAGCUCUCCGUCUUCGCCCACCGCUUCAUGGCCAUCGCCGAACAAAUGGGCACAACCCUCCAGCGGACCUCCAUCUCCACCUCCAUCAAAGAACGCCUCGACUUCUCCUGCGCAAUCUUCUCCCCCUCGGGCAAACUCGUCGCCAAUGCCCCUCACAUCCCCAUCCACCUCGGCUCCAUGCAGUUCGCAAUCCAAGCCCAACACCGCCUCUGGGCCGGCAAACUCUCCCCAGGCGAUGUCCUCCUCACGAACCACCCCCAAUGGGGCGGCACACACCUGCCAGACCUCACCGUCGUCACCCCCGUCUUCAUCCCCUCCCCGUCCUCCGGCAAGGAAGAGAUCGCCUUUUACGUCGCCAGUAGAGGUCACCACACCGACAUCGGCGGUAAGGGCAUCACCUCCAUGAUGCCCGAGUCCCGCGAGCUCUGGGAGGAAGGCCUCAACGUGCCCUCCCUCAAGAUCGUCACCGCCGGCACCUUCCUCGAGACCGAGGUCCGCGAGGCCUUUGAGCGCGCGGGGUCGUUCCCGGGCUGCUCCACCUCCCGCCGGCUGGCCGACAACAUCUCAGACCUCAAAGCGCAGACCUCCGCGAACCAGCGCGGCAUCACCCUCCUCCGCAAGCUCUGCGCCGAGGCCUCGCUGUCCGUGGUGCACAAAUACAUGGGCGCGAUCCAGCACAACGCUGAACUCGCGGUGCGGUCUUUCUUCAAAGUCGUCGCGGCGCGGAACGGCGGGCGCCCGCUUGAGGCGACGGAUUAUCUGGACGACGGCACGCCCAUGCGUGUCAAGAUCAGUAUCGAUCCCGAAACGGGCUCUGCCGUGUACGAUUUCGAGGGUAGUGGUCCGCAUAUGUGGGGGAACUACAACUGCCCUAUCUCCAUCUGCCACUCGGCCAUCAUUUACACCGUCCGAUGCCUGGUGGACGUCGAUAUACCCCUGAACGAGGGCUGUCUCGCCCCCGUGGAGAUCCGCGUGCCGCCGGGCUCGGUGCUCAACCCGGGCCCGAGAGCAGCUAUCUGCGGGAGCACACUGGCCUCGCAGCGCGUUAUUGAUGUGAUCCUGCGUGCCUUCGGGAGGUGUGCGGCGUCGCAGGGUUGCGCAAAUAGUUUCGGCUGGGGCAUGGGCGGGAAGGAUCCUGCUACGGGGGUUGUUACCAAGGGGUGGAACUACGGCGAGAGCAUUGGUGGUGGUGUAGGUGCUGGGGAUGGGUAUGAAGGCGAGCAUUCGACGCAUGUGCAUUCUACGAACACGAAGCAGACAGACGCGGAGGUUGUUGAGAAGCGGACGGCGGUGUUGGUACGUAAGUACGAGAUCCGACGGGGCAGUGGUGGACAAGGCAGAUGGAGGGGCGGAGACGGCAUCACAAGAGAGGUGGAGGCACGAGUGCCGUUGAAGUUUAGCAUUUUGAGUGAUCGGCGCGUGUAUAGGCCGUACGGCAUGGGAGGCGGCGGGCCGGGGAUGAGGGGAGAGAACUUUGCGUUCUUGAAGGGGGAGGAUGGUGGUGAGAUGGAGAGGAUUAACUUGGGUGGCAAGGCGAUUGUGAACUUAGGGGUUGGAGAGUAUGUGCAGGUGAACACGCCUGGUGGCGGAGGAUUUGGAGGAGAUGAGGUGGAGGAUAGACAUCGAGGAUAUGUGUAA